AUGACUUUACCCAGCGGACCUGGAGUUGCCCAGCACGGCAGCACGGUUUCGUCCUGCUUCCAGCCUCGCACCAAAACUGGCUGCCGCUCCGUCAAAUCCAUUGUUGCCUGGCUGGAGUCGUCGAGGAACCCGCCGUGGACCGCACCACGGGGCGCCGUCGCCAACCUCCCGCACGACCUAUCCACGAGCUCCAUCUCGUCCAGCCGCGGGCUGCAGCGCCGCAACCGCAGCGCCUCGGAAGCAAGCGACGUCGAAGAGGACUCGCUGACGUACCUCGGGUACAGGGAGUAUUUCGGCGGCGCGCCCCUGGGCAGAUGCUUGGACCGCCAGGACGACUCGCCACAGGCGAGCAUGAGCAGCAACGUUCGGUGCUACCUGGCAAUCUCGGACGAGGAGCUGGAAACGGGGGCGGACGCCUCCAAGUCGGAGGACGGCGGCAGCUGCAGACGAGAACCCUCGUCGUUGGACAAUAUCGACGACUUUUUCAACCAAGUCGACGAGGUGGGCGGGCGUUGA